GGGAGAUAUGAUUUGUAUAUCAGCAUAUGUGCACAGCUUUGGCUGUUAACCCGGAUGUAAACAGUGAAAGCGUUUGAACAGAUUGAGAGGCGGUUCUGGAGGACAGGCAUGGAGUUAGCACACUGAGGAUUUCAGAACUCCGCGCUCAGCUUAAUUAGGCAUAAAAGUUUUAGCAUCAUGCAGGAAGAGGCAGGCCGUACAGCCACAUACACUGUACCUUGUGAGGACAGCAUCUAUGUUGUGGAGUUUAGCCCAUAUGACUGUGGCUCAGCCUCCUCACUUUUAGCCUACGGAGGAAACCAGCAUGUGGUGGUGGGCGUGUGUCAAUUUAAGGAGGAGGACGUGGACAUCGAUGGAGUAGAAUUCAACAUCCUACGUGUCUUUACUCAUGGAGUUCGUGUUGAUGCUCUAGCAUGGAGUCCAGAAUCCAGGCUGGACAAACUACCUCAGAUUAUCAGGUUUUGCACUGCAGCACCUGACAGAAAGCUAAGGCUCUUGACUUCAGAUCUUCAGAACAGAGAUGAAGUAAAGGUGAUGGAGGGACACAACAGCUACAUCAAUCAUGUAGUAUUUGAGCCCACAGAAGGAAAGCAAAUAGCAUCGGUCAGUGAUGAUCACACCUGCAGAGUUUGGGACCUGGACGGCAAUGAAACGAUGUUGUUUCGACUGUGGUCUCCAGGUGUGAGCGUGUGCUGGCACCCUGAGGAGGUUUUUAAGCUGAUGGUGGCUGAGAAAAAGGGCACAAUACGCUUUUAUGACCUCGUCACCCAGCAGGCCAUUCUGUCUCUUGACAGCGGGCAAACGCCAUUAAUGUCUGCAGAUUGGUGCCUCACCAACACCAUAAAGGUGGGUGCUGUGGUUGGCAGUGACUGGGUGAUCUGGGACAUUACUCGCUCUAGUUACCCUCAGGAGAAAAGGCCAGUCCAUUUGGACAAGGCACGACACUUCAGGUGGUCAAGAGCUAAUGAAAAUAUUUUUGCCACCACUGGCUGCCCUGGGAAGAUAAAUAGCCAGUUACUGGUGCAUCACCUCAGUCAUCCUCAGCCAGUGAUGAUUGGCUCAACUUCUGUUGGAUCAAGUCUAAGCUGGCACAGGACCCUCCCCUUGUGUGUGAUUGGUGGAGACCGAAAGCUCUCUUUCUGGAUGACGGAGAUGUGAGCUAGCUUCCUGUAUCUUAGGUCUUUUUCCUCAACCAUCUUAAUAAACAAUUUUUGUAACUCA